AUGGCUAUAGGGAAUGCGAGUGCAAGUGGAGUGGUUAGGAGAGUUGAACGCUGUUCGGUCGGGCUGGAGGAGGAGAACAUCUUUUGUGUAAGCAUGAAGAGAUGCACAUACGUAUUCUCGCCCACUGCCAUGAUUUCAUGGAUUGCUAAGACCUCGGUAAGACGAUCAAGCGGUCGCAUUGCAUUCUCCCGCAUGCCCUGCAGGACCAUGCACGCAAAUGCAGAAGCGUCAACGAACUCGGCGGUAGGAUUGCAAGAGAGGAGCAACGAAGCUCGCAAGGGCGUGCUGGUGCUGUGGGACUUGUACUCGAAGCCUCCCACUCACGGUGACGUCAGCGUGUGCGUUGAGCGUCUGCGGAGGGUUGCAGCCUCCCUGGGGAACCUCAAGAGCAUCAAAGUGUUCGGACGUCCAGCGAAGGAGGGAGGAGCUCUUGGAACAGGAUCGAUCACUCCAUACUUCUCUGCUCAGCUACGUCAUGGCAGGAGAACAGUGCACCCGAAUCUCCACAAGGACAAUGACAAGGUUGCACACUGGACAGGAGAUCGAUGGGUGAUCCUCCCCGUCCUUGAGCAGCUGAAUGCAAUCCCCUCCGCAGUCAUUGAGCAGGGAGAGAAAGGAGAGGCUCUUCACCUCAGCCAUGAGGAUGUUGUAGGGGAGGAAGAGCGCUGGUGCAAGGUUUGUGAGACCCUGGUCUGCGUCCCCUGCUGGCCCGGAUGCACAAGGCUGGCCAGCAAACUUCGAGAGGUGCAGACAGAAAGAAGUCGAUGGCAGAUUUCAAGGAUCCGACACAGACAAGAUAUCCACGAAUGGUUCAAGAACAAACAUGAUUUCUUCCACAAGAGAAAGACAAAAUCUUUCCGGCCGAAGUACUUUGUUGACACUGUGGAGCGACUAAACAGUUUGGGUGUGGAGUACGUUGAGAUAGAUUGGAAGGAGAAGGAAACAGCGGACGGAUUGCUCAAGAAGUACCUAGCCUGGUCAAUUCACACUGUUCUGGGCGACGCAGAACCUCAGCAAAACGAUCCAGCCUUGACCAAGUGGCUCUCGACCCUUUCAGAUGACGUGCAGGUCCUCAGCGAUGUUGAGACCAUUGUUGUCGUCACUGACGGAAAUCAUCGAGAGAGGUCGUUUCUCAAGCGAUGGAAUGAGCUUGAGGUACCGGAAGCAGAUUCCCACGAGAAGCUGCAGGAGAUUCGAAUGGACGCUGCACGGCUGCGACGUGAAAUCAGACACACUAGACAAAAGAAGCAAAGGAAUCUGUACUUGAAAGAGGCAGAACUGUUAGAGUGCACAGCAUUGGGAAUCCAGUGGGCAGCGUCAUAUGUCGAGGCAUCCUCGAGCAGCGGCAAGAAGCUGCGGCUGAUCGUCAUCAGUGACGACUCUGUUGUGCGCGGCAUAUCAGACAGCCCCGUCUCUUGGAGCUGGUUGUGCAAUGCUCCUGAUGAGCUCUUUGCUGCUUCCUUGACCGAGGGCGUGAUGGAGCCAUCGAGAUGGCAAGAAGGAUUCAAGAGACUUGUCUCCCCGCCAUCACAGCUCGGCGACUCUCGCGAUCCUCAGGCUUCUAUAGGCUCCGUAAACGGCCUCCCCUCCUUCUGGGAGCAUCUCGGAGACCUCGAAUGGGUCAUCUACACUGCACUUUCCUGCCCUGACGACAGUCGGCAUACUUUGUUGGAUCUUUGCCUGAGGAGGCUGGAGGAGUAUGGAAAGUCUGGCGACCAGUGGAGGCUCAGGGUGAAUCUGAUCGAGUGUGUGGCCUUGCUGGGAGCUUCUGCCCCGUCCCCGAGGGUCUUUGGCGUCCUCAGUCAACUCUUGAAGGAGGACAAAGAGCCGUUCGUCCGAAGAGCGUGCGUGGAGGCCAUGUCGGCGAUCGGGCUGCACAAACUUGAAGGGUCUGUCGAUGUUGUCUGUCAUGCGCUACAUGCUGAUCCCUCUGACACUGUGAGGUGGGCGUGUGCUCGGUGUCUGCAGUCCAUCGAAUUGAGAGUGCAUGAAAUCGUGAAGGACAUGAGGAAGAAGGAGAAGGACAACAGCAACGAGGGCUUGCUUCAGGCCAAACUCUCGGAUCAAGACAUGAGAGUAAGAAACAAAGCAAGAGAGUGUUUGAAAUAUUCGUGGAUUGCAAUCUUGAAACAUCGGACAAGCUGGAAGUCGAACGAGGACGGAGAGAUCGAGAUGUGCGACUUGGAGCCUGGCAGCUUCCAAUAA